CUACUGGACUAUCGUUCAGGGUUACCUGAGAGGACGGGCGCUUGACGUGUUCAAGUCAAACCGUAGUGAGAUGGAUUGGGUGCUGAAACGCUCCGGUCCCACAGACUAUGACAGCAGCAGUGGUUGUAUGUUGCGUCUAAGAGGACUGCCGUUCGGCUGCAGUAAAGAAGAAAUUGUACAGUUCUUUUCAGGGUUGAAAAUCGUGCCAAAUGGGAUAACAUUGCCGAUGGACUACCAGGGGAGGAGCACAGGGGAAGCCUUCGUGCAGUUUGCCUCAAAGGAGAUAGCAGAAAAGGCUCUGGGGAAACACAAGGAAAGAAUAGGGCACAGGUACAUAGAGAUAUUCAAAAGCAGCCGAAAUGAAAUGCGUGCAUACUACGAAGUACCUCGGAGGAUGAUGGGACAGAGGCCUAGUCCAUAUGACAGACCCGUAAUGGGACGCGGGAGCUUUUUUGGGUCCAGUCCUGGAAGGGGAGGUGCCGUCCUGGACCAGGUGCGCAGCGGAGGCGCUUACAGUGGUGGAUAUGGUGGGUUUGACAACUACAAUGGCUUUAACAACUACUGCUUUAGUAACGGCAUGUUUGAAGAGCGUGUGCGCGAUGAUAGAGGAAAAGGAAGAAUGGGGGGUCAUGGCUACAGCAGCGAUUCAAACUCAGGCUUUCACAGCGGCCAUUUUGUUCAUAUGAGGGGCCUACCGUUCCGCGCUACAGAGACAGAUAUUGCACAUUUCUUUACCCCUUUAAAUCCUGUGAGGGUGCACAUUGAUGUAGGACCUAAUGGAAAGUCUACAGGAGAGGCAGAUGUUGAGUUCAGAUCUCACGAAGAUGCUGUGUCUGCCAUGUCAAAAGACAAGAAUCAUAUGCAGCAUCGUUACAUUGAGCUUUUCCUGAAUUCAACUUCAAGUGGGCCGUCCGAAAUGGGGCAUAAAAACACUGCAGGCCGCGGAGGAGGUUUCUAUGGCAACUCUAGCGGUAUGGGCUCUCGAGGAAGUGGACUAAGGGAGAUGUAUUGAGGAUGCUUAAAAUUCAUGCACUUUUCAACCCAAAGUUGGAACUUCCAGCAUGGAAGGUCUUUUUAUAUGAAUAUGUUUUCACAUGUUCCUAUGAAAUAUGCCCACAAUAUUUUCCAGACUCGAAGAAAAUUAAAUCUAAAUCCAUAUAUAUCUAAUAUAUAUAUUUGAGAUGUUGCAUAUAGAUUGACCGGCUACUGUACAUUUUGCUUAAUGAAUUUUAUAUGACAUUCUGUGUUAAAGUCUAACUAAAGAUAUGCGCUUUGUAUGUAUUUUGACUCAAAAAUGAGUGUGAAUAGCUUGAAGCCCAAGUUGCGUGUUAGACUGCACUUUCGUUUUCUUUCCCAAAGCAAUAACAUCAUUUUGGAUGUUUACCUGUUUUUGCUGCUCAGUAAAAUUUCUAAUUGAAACCUGUGAAAUUUACACAUCCAUGGAAUAAAACCUUUUAUGGAUACAUUUUAUUUUUGACCUAAGAAUGUUCAUUGAAGACAACUGUAAUGUAAGAACAAAGUGUGAUAUCUUGCUUUUGGUCAAAG